AUGGACGAUAGAAGUAUGGAAUCAAGCAGCUCUAGUUGUCACAAGCAUUCUUCAACCAGUGUUGAACAUCCCAAGGCUAUCAUACACAUAGAUAUAGACUGUUUUUAUGCUCAAGUGGAAAUGCUUCGAAAUCCAGAACUACGAUCUCAACCUGUCGGCAUCCAACAAAAAAAUAUCGUCGUAACUAGUAACUAUGAAGCUAGAAAAUACGGAAUAAAAAAGUGCAUGGCCGUUACAGAUGCUAUGAAAAUAUGUCCAAACUUAAAGUUGGUUAAUGGUGAGGACUUGCAUAAUUAUAGAGCAGCCUCUAAUAAUGUAUUUGCUGCGCUUCAACAUUGGAAAUGUCCAGUAGAAAAGUUAGGUAUGGAUGAAAAUUUUAUAGAUGUCACAAAUUUAGUAGAAGAGAGAAUAAAAAGUGUUAAAGAUGAUAAAGUCACGCUUAUAGGUCAUGUGUAUGAUGAGUCCAUCACAGAAUGCCUGUGUGGCUGUCAUUUACGUCUUAAAGCAGCUUCACAAAUUGCCAAGGAGAUGAGAAAGAAAUUGUUUGAUGAAUUAGGUUUCACAACAUCUGCAGGCAUUGCACAUAAUAAGCUAUUAGCUAAAUUAAUCUGUCCACUUCAUAAACCAAACGACCAGACAACAAUAUUUCCAGAGCAUGGAGCCAGUUUUAUGUCCACAAUGCAAAGUGUGCGGUCCAUUCCAAGUAUUGGUUCAAAAACUACUGAGGCACUCAUUUCUCAAAAUAUUAUAACGGUGAGUGACUUACAGAAAGUAUCUGUAGAUUUAUUAAAGAAACAUUUUAGUAGUGAUAUGGCAGUUAGACUCAAGAACCUUAGUGUAGGAGAAGAUAAUACUCCAGUGAAGCAAACAGGUAAACCUCAGAGCAUAGGGCUAGAGGAUAGUUUCAAGACUGUCAGUGUAAAAAGUGAAGUGGAAGAGAGAUUUUCAGCAUUAUUACAAAGGCUAUUGGUAUUAGUUAGAGAAGAUGGACGUAUUCCAGUUUCACUAAGAGUGACAUUACGAAAAAAAGAUGUCAAGAGGCUUAGCAGUCACAGAGAAUCCAGGCAGUGUCAAGUAUCUCCUUCCAUUUUUACUAUAAACAAUGGCGCUCCAACUGUCACUGAGGCUGGCCAGCAAAAACUAAUGACUUUAAUUAUGAGAUUAUUCAACAAACUCAUAGAUUUAAGUAAACCAUUCCAUUUAACAUUAGUAGGACUGGCUUUUACAAAGUUUCAAGAACGCAUGACUGGCAGAGGUUCAAUAGUGAAUUACCUAAUGAACGAUAUCUCAGUACAGUCUGUGCUAAAUAUUACAAAUGACUGUGACACAUCGGCAUCUUCAAUGGACUACUCGGCAGUUUCACCCAGCAGUAGUACCACAACUGACCUAUCUGAUGGUGAGGUGGAGCCAUCACCGAAAAAGCCUAAAAAAGUUAAUUGGAUAGCUAAAAGAAGAUGUUUAUCUAAAGAGGAAGUAGCAUCUCCUAGUAAAUUGAAGGUAGGUGAGCUCAGACUAAACUCAAGAGAGCUAGAGAAAGUUUCUGAGCUAAGGCUUAACUCCAGAGACAGAUCACUAACACCAAGAGCUAGCCCAGCCAAGGAUAAUUUUUCUGAUACAGACACAAUGAAAGAUGGCUCUGAAGCUGGAAAUUGUGAUGAUUGUCCAAGUUAUGUUGAUAAAGAAGUAUUUAAUGCCCUCCCCGAUGAAAUGCAGCAAGAACUGAAGGCUAUGUGGAAAAAUCCAUCUAGUUCAGAUUUGCCUAGAAGUAGUCCCAGAACAAUCAAUAAAGCGAAAUCGAACACUAUCUUGAAAUAUUUUGUUCCACACAAAUAG